AUGUUGAUGCUACGAUAUCUAUCUCUGCUAGCGGUUUUAAAUGGAGCUCAUGUUUACGGGACAAAUUAUGAAAUAAAAGUGACGACAUCGCAGGAACCCUUUGCUGGUACUGAUGCACGUGUGUACGUGAAUCUUAUUGGCGUGAAUGGUGCUUCCACUGGCUCCAUAAAGUUGCAUAAUUCAAUGCAGGACUUCGAAAGGGGAAGAACAGACACAUUUUAUCGAGAUGCAAGCCCAGUAGGCCAUUUGAAGACUAUAAAAGUGCAUCGUGACAAUUCAGGAUUUGGACCUUACUGGAAACUAGCUCGGAUCACCGUACGUUUCAGCGGCUCGCCUCUGUAUAAGUUUUACUUCAAUAAGUGGAUACCUGCUUAUCGAUGGACUACAGCCAACGAGGAAAAUGAAUGCCGAGCUGGUCUGGCAUUGUGCCAGCAUCUCUGUAUUGACGCAGGAAGUGGAUACAACUGCGCAUGUCGCACGGGAUUUAAGUUCGAAGGCCGCUAUAAGUGUAGAGAUGUUGAUGAGUGUAGUACUGGAGAACAAAAAUGUCACAGUCAAACUACCAGAUGUAAAAACAAUCUUAGAGGCUACACAUGCCCCUGUAAGAGAGGAUAUCAGCCUGGCCAGUCAGCUUAUGAGUGUCAGGAUAUGAAUGAGUGCAUGGCAGGAAAUCGCAAGUGCGAGGGAAAGACUACCAAUUGCAAAAACAACUUUGGAAGUUACAGUUGCGAGUGUAAAGAUGGAUUCGAACUUGGACUUUCACCCUAUAAAUGCAACGAUAUAAAUGAGUGUAUAGCAGGCAAUCACAAGUGCGAGGAAAAGACUACCAGUUGCAAAAACAACUUUGGAAGUUACAGUUGCAAGUGUAAAGGUGGAUACGAGCCUGAACCUUCACUCUAUAAAUGCAACGCUAAACAAUGCAACAUUUCCAUACCUCUGGGAAUGGAGAACGGUCACAUAAGUAACCAAUCCAUCACGGCCAGUUCUUAUUACUCGAGAUAUCCACCUUGGCUCGCCCGACUCAAAAGUGGAGCCGAGGAAAGCUGGUACGCACUCCCAAGUGACCCAAAUCCAUGGAUUCAGGUGGAUCUCGACAAGCUCACCUGGUUGAGAGGAGUAGCCACUCAGGGCAAGAGGUUCUCUUUGUUUGUCAAAACUUACAAGUUGGCAUAUUCUUUGGACGGGAUUCAUUGGAGUACUUAUAAGAAGGCGAACGGUGAAAAGGAAAUGGUUUUUAAAGGAAACACAGACCCUUACAAAGUAGCUAAGGUUGAACUCGACAACCCCAUUUUUACCCGUUAUGUCCGCUUGUACCCGAAGACCUGGAGGGAUGGAAUAGCUCUAAAGAUGGAGUUGUAUGGCUGCCGACCAGCAUAAGCUGUGUUUUAAUUUGAAAACGACAUUCAGUUGAUGUGCUAACGGAUGUUUAAAUAUCCUUGAUCGCAGUGGUAUUUCAA